UGUAGAUAUCCCGUUGACUUGUCUGUUCCGUUGCUGGCGACUCAUUUACUGUCGACGAUGACGACAAUGCAUGCAACCCCACCACCAGCCGUCAACUUGGAUCUCGACCAGACGUCGGAGUCUGAUUACUUGGCUUUUCUCGAAAUGGACCAGCUGCUCAAUGAGGUGGAAAACCUAAACGGACAGAACUGGCGAGAGCGAGACGCGCACGAGAGCGAUGUCGACGAGCCACUCCGCAAGAAGCUGCGACGUCUGAGCGCGUCGGAGGUCGACGAGUUCUUCCAGUUGCAACUGCCAUACUCGCCUCUGACGCCGCCGCCGUCAGACGCCGACGUCACGUGCGCGGAGCACGCAGAGAUGGAGGAACAAGCAAACCAGUCAAUGCCUGUUCCUCACAUGGUAUACGAACACGAAGACUACACGGAAGUAAAGGUCAAGAUAGAGGACUACGACGAGAGUCUGACGGAUGAGAAUACCUGCGCUCAGAUGCAACAACCUCAGCCGCUCCAGUUCCUUCACAUUUCCCAACUCGCCAUUCCGUCUCCUCAUCACUAUCCGGGCCUUCCGUCACCCAUCAGCGACGCUGACUGCACGGACUCCAACAUACCAGUCGGCACACUCAACCUCGUCCCAGUCACCUACAAUCCCUUCAUGUUCCCGUAUAACUACGUCGACUACUGUCGACAGCUCGAGGCGGCGCGACGCAUCCACCGGUGUAGUCACCCGGGCUGCUGUAAGGUCUACACCAAGAGCUCGCAUCUGAAAGCACACAUGAGAACCCACACGGGCGAGAAGCCGUACAAGUGCACGUGGGAGGGAUGCACAUGGCGGUUCGCUCGUUCCGACGAGUUGACGAGACACUAUCGCAAACACACGGGCAUCAAACCGUUCAAAUGCAGCAAGUGCGACCGCGCAUUUGCGCGAUCCGAUCACCUCUCACUGCACAUGAAGAGACAUAACACGUGCUAGCGGUUGUCGACCUCAUCCUGGACUGGAUUGUAUAUGCAAGGAAUUUAUUAUAACUAACUAACUCUAACACACCUUGAUGCUGGUUUUCAAGGCAAUUUUGACCUCUGCGGACAUAGACAUUUGUUAAUAAUGUUAAUGCUCUAUAUAUUGUAUAGUUAGGUGAUUAUGUUGGGCCUGUUUCUUGGCCCACUUGAUGAGAUGAAUUAUACAACUAAUGAAUUGAUAA